AUGGGUGCACGACUCCAAGGUGAUUUCCUUCCUACUCUUGUUCUUCGAGCUCUAAAGCGCAUAGGAUACCUGAAGAUGAAGGAAAUUCCUAACAAGAAGACUAGCGGAGCACAUACGAACAAAGGUGGCUCUUUUGGCCAUGUUUCAGCCACUCCCCACAAUAGAAGUACUCAACCUUCAUCUUCACAUCAUCCAUCUCAUCCUAGAACCUUGAAGAUGAAAUUUGCAAUCUCAACAAAGUCUAACUCAUCACCUCAACAACCUUGUACUCAAGCUCCACCUCCACCCCCUCUAGCAUGUCAACCUACACCUCAAGUGCAUACUCAUCCUUCACAACCUAAUAAUCAACCUCUACCUCGACUUGCACUUCAGUCUAAUACAAUGUCUCCUCCAGCUGAACCAAGAUCUUUGAAGAAGAGGACAUUUUCCUCUAGUAAUGGUGACUCUGCACCUCAAAUAAAUAUUCAACCUCCCCUUGCAUCUCAUUUUAAUUCUCAACCUGCACAUGAUUUUCAUUAUGAAUCUACACCUGUAGCUACAUUUGAGUUACAAUAUGAUAGUGAAAAGGAAGUAAAUGAGGAAAUUGGCAUGCAAGCAAAGCAAUCAAAGGUUGCAUCACAUAGGAGAUCAUGGCUUGUUGAUGUGAUAAGGGUUGCUAAAAACCCCGCUAAUACGUUCCCUACGGAUGAUUUACCGGAGGUUUGUACAACUCCUGGAAAUGCAUUUAACGGGGGUUAUAACUCUAGUUAA